CAUUAUUCUAUCCAAUUCAUGAGUAGAUUCAUCUUAAAAUUUUCAUUGCUAGAGACCAAUAGUGGGACAUUGUACCAGAUUGAAGAAGAAUCAGAUUAAAAAAUGGAAACUUUUUAUGCUUUUGAUUUCUCAUCAGACUUUAAAAAUUAAGUGCUUUAAGAGGAGGAAGAAAAACUAAGUGGUUGCGCUUCUGCCAGGCAUUUUGUCAAAUAAAUUACACUUUAAAAUAAAAAAUAUCAUCUGUUUAAAUAUGCAGGGGGGCAAACAUUAGAUAGAGAAAUUUAAUAUUUUAGAGGAAAAAAAUAAUCUAUUAAGCUUGAUACAAUCAAACUUUAUUUAACAUAAAUUCUUGACACAUUAUACUAGCUUCAUUAGAAAUAAAUCUUAGGUAGAGUAUUUUCCACUAAAAAUAUUAUUUUAUAUGAUGGUUAAAUGAUAUUCAUGGACUUUGGAUUUGGUCCAAAAAUGAUAACAGCAAAUGUAGAUCUAAUUGCACCACCUGAAAUUAUUUAGAAAUUUUUAGAAAAUAGUAACUAUUUUUUAAUAUAAUAUAGAAUCAGUUGAAUGCAAUUACAAUAUGGAAGUUGAUUCUUGGCUUUUGGGAGCAGUGCUGUUUCAUUUAGUUAAAUUGAGACCUAUUUCACAUUUAAUAGAGGAUAAUACAGUCAAAAGCAUGGUUUAUAAUGAUAUAAAGGAAUAUUGGGAGUAUUUAAAAACUCAGAUGAAGGUUUAGAAUUGGAUUAAUGCAAAAACUGAUAGAUAUCCUGAAGAAUUCUGCCUAUUUAUUCAAGGACUUUUAACCUACGAUCCUUAGAACAGAUUCACUUUUCAAUAAAUUUAUGAACACCCCUUUAUUAAAAACUUGAACCUCCCUAAGUACAAGGAAUACCUUUCAUUUUAUACACUAGGCAAAAUAGACUGGGUUAGUUAAAAAAUAAGAUGUCACUCAAAUAACUAUAUAGAAACAGGAGAACUCGAAAUUCGAUAAUCUAUUUUAGGAUCAUAAAAUUUUGGAUAAGUAGUCCCAUCUAUUACUCAAACACCAAGCCAUUCAACCCAGUAAGAAAAUUAUAAGAUUUAUUAUUUUAGUAUUCCUUACUUAGAUAUCAAAAGCAAUUUUACAAGUUAAACAAUUCAAAUUCCAGGAACUAGUUCAAGAUUAAAUUGGCCAGCUGAAGAAAAUAAUUCAGAUAACAUCGAAAAUUAAUUGAUAUAUUAAAUAUAAGAUCUUAAUGUAAGCAUAUAUUCUAUUAAUAGCAAUCUAGAUUCUAUGAAAUCUGGUGUAACAUAAGAUUGGAAUUAUUUAGAUACACUUUUUUGGAGAAAUGUGCUGAAGAAUUUGUAGUUGAAUUGGGAAAAAAAAAAAAAUAUCAAUUAGAGCAUCUUUUAGCUUAUUUCUUAAGAAAAAUGGGCUAUCUCAUUUUAGUUGAAUUGUAAAAGAAACUAAAGGAAGAUGUCUGUCCUUGGAGAUGCACUCAUGAAAAUUUACAAAGAUGGAAGGAUUUUUAAAAGGAGAGUUAAAUAACAAUUUUAGAAAACUCUAUUAUACCAAAAAUUAAAGAAUUGGCAUCUAUUCUAUAAUAAUAAUUUUAGGAUUAAUGUCAAAAAUUUAAAAAUGAAGAAAAUAUUGAGGAAGAAAUUCGAAAACAACUACAAGAAGAUAAUAGCUGUUUUUAAAGUUUUAAAAAUGAUGGUUCUUCUAUAUAUCAAUGUUGUUCUGACGAAUUCUUGAGAAGUGGAUUUAGAAAGUUGUUAUAGUUAACAAUCAAAUUUUUAUAAACAGAAAAGAAAUUUAAUUUGUAGCCUUAAAUAAAUUAUAAUACUUUAAUUUUAAAAAUUCUUCUAUGCCAUUUGAUCAAUCGAAUAUUCAAUCUCAGUAUUGCUGAAACCACUUUUAAGGAACUGUUGAAAAAUAGGAGGAGUGAAGCUUUAAUAUCUCCAAAUGAAAUAUACGCAUAUAUUUGUCGAAAUGAUGAACAAGGAAAAGAGGAGGACAUUAAAUAUAUUUCCAGCAAUAGUUUUACAGAAAAAUGACAUUAUUCAAAUAUGUCUUAUAUAUCCA